GCGAGCGAGUGCGGACCCCGUGUCUCUGACUGGCUUGCGUGGCGUGGGCCCCGUAGGUGCCAUCCUCGCUCUUGGGGAACAGAAGCGGCGGAUGACAGGGUUCUGUGCUUCUCCAGGAGCAGGAGGAAAUGGCCACGUUCCAGGAGGCGGUGACGUUCCAGGACGUGGCUGUGGUCUUCACGGAGGAGGAGCUGGGGCUGCUGGACCCGUCCCAGAGGAAGCUGUACCAAGACGUGAUGCUGGAGAACUUCCGGAACCUGGUCUCAGUGGGAUACCGGAAUCAAAAUGAGAUAGAGACUCUUCAACAAGUUGGAUUAAGGGACCUUUUUCAAGAAGACCUUGUGUGCUGGCCAAUAUGGGAACAAAUCAUGAGUAAGUUAACCAGAAAUCAAGACUUGAUGAUAAAUAUACAAGGCAAGAGGUCUGAUUUGCCAAUCCAAGGCAAUUCCUUCUGCCAGUUGUGGGCAACAGAAUCUACUCAGGUUUCUGAAGAUGAGAACUAUGUAAUAAAGGUUCAAGGGGAAGUUCAAAGUGCCAAUAGUAUUAAAAAUCAAGAUUUUCCAAGUAAGACCGCCUGGGAUUUCUGGAGAGAGUCACAGAAUUAUCAGAGUAGGUGUCAGCAGUUUGAUGGGAAAUGUAAACUGUGUAAGUGUGAUGGUUGUGAUAUUAAAAAGACCUCUCAUGACCAUGAUGAUGAUCAGGAAGUACAUAAAGGUGAGAGGUCAUGUAGCCACAAGAAUUGUGGGAAAUGUUUCAUGAAGACAUCAUUUCAGCAUAAUGGAGUUCAUGCAGGAGAGCAAAAUUCUCAUGAGAAUGGACAAGGCUUCAGUUUUGGCCCCAGUCUUGAACUUCAUCAGCAGUUACACCUAGGAGCAAAAUCUCAUAUGUUUAGUGAGUGUAGGGAUGGCAUCAGUUAUAGCUCGCUCCUUUGCACUCAUCAAAGUGUUCUCACAGAAGAGAAAUUCAAUAGGAAUGGUGAGUGUGAUGAAGACUUCUGUCAAAGCUUACAUCUGCAAAUUCAUCAGAGAAUCAACACAGGAGAGAAGCCCUACAAAUGUGCUGUGUGUGGGAAAGGCUGCAUGUGUAGCUCAGAUCUUCAUGGUCAUCAGAGGUUCCACUCUGGAGAGAAACCCUACAAAUGUGCUGUGUGUGGGAAAGGCUUCAGUCAGAGUUCACACCUUCAAGUUCAUCACCGAGUCCACAGUAGAGAGAAACCCUACAAAUGUGCUGUGUGUGAAAAGGGCUUCAGACUGAGUUCACAGCUUCAUGCCCAUCAGCAAAUCCACACUGUAGAGAAGCCAUACAAAUGUGAGGCAUGUGGUACGGGCUUUACUCAUAGUUCACAUCUUCAAGAACAUCAACAAGUCCACACUGGAGACAAACCCUACAGGUGUUCUGUGUGUAGUAAGAGCUUUAGUCAGACCUCAAGUCUUCAAGCCCAUCAGCGAAUCCACACGGGAGAGAAACCCUACAAAUGCACUGUGUGUGAUAAGAGCUUUAGUCAGAAAUCACAUUUGCAAGUUCAUCAGCGAGUCCACACUGGAGAGAAACCCUACAAAUGUACUGUGUGUGGGAAAGGCUUCAUGUGGAGCUCAUAUCUUCAUGUUCACGAGAGGAUCCACACAGAAGAGAAACCUUACAAAUGUGGGGUGUGUGGAAAGAGCUUCAGUCAGAGUUCACACCUUCAAGCCCAUCAGCGAAUCCACACUGGAGAGAAAUCCUAC